AUGGGCCUCAUGGUGCGACAAGCGUCGUGGUGUGUGACGGUGGUGGUGGUGAGCGACGACCUCGCCUUCCUGGCCGCCUUCGCCCACUGGUCCCUCAAGGGCCGCCUCCUGGUGUGGUCGACGAGGCUCCUGGUCGUCACCCGCCUCCACCUCCACCACCUGCAGGGCCUUCUGAGCUCUCACUGGACCUUCUCCAUGAUGAAUGCAAUGGUGCUUGUCUUGGAUGAAUCAUCAGAGUUUCCUAGUUUGAGCGUGUAUGUGAACCAGCCGUACAGUGCCUCAGGAGCUAGGAUAGUGAGGACUGCCUGGUGGACUGCAGCUCGUGGUCUCCAGAUCACUACCCAUCAUCCUCUCUUCCUGGACAAGUUCAAUAACUUUUGCAGAACCACAAUCAACGUGACAGCUCUGCCAUAUAAACCAUACUGGAGUGAGACGGAGGACCAAAGCGGUGUAACCAGGUACUCUGGUAGUGACGUCCAGAUGCUCAUGACUAUAGCUGAAGCCCUCAACUUUACAUAUAAUGUCCUUCCCGUGACCACUUGGGACCAGGUGACAGACUUGGUGUCAGAGAGGGCCUCCUUCAUGGCUGCUAUCAACCACAUACAGUUGCCACAGCGCCUACUGCUGUAUGAUUACACAUACAGCUAUCAACAUAAUGCUUUUUCGUUCACAAUGGCAACACCAUCGCUCAUAUCUAAUUGGCAGAGUCUUUACUCUCCUCUGACAGACAAGGUGUGGGCAUCAGUCAUGGCCUCGCUGGUUCUGGUUCCCGUCUUUCUGUUCAUGAUCGCCCGGCCUAAACACGGAGAAGAGUAUAGCAGGGGAAUAUCUAUGGGAGACGCGACUGAAAUAGCUGUUGGGGCACUGCUCGGCCAGGGCACUAACAAGCACCUUCCUGGGCGUAGUUCGAGUCGGGUGCUGCUGGUGGCGUGGCUGGUGUUUACCUUCGUCGUGGGCACCGUCUACAGGGGUAACCUCACCGCCACCCUCACCAUGCCCAAGUACCCACCGACACCUGAGACCCUCGAGCAGCUGGUCAAAGUGGUUCACAAGGUAACGAUGCCACCUUUUGGAGAGCCAUUUCGACAGUUCUUCAAGCAGUCCGAUUCCGAGGUGUUCCAGGCUCUGUAUCGCCUGAUGGAGAUAGUACCAUCUGCAGAAUAUGGAAUGCACCAAGCUGUUGAGAAGAAACAGGCCUUCCUGAACGGCCGACUUUACCUGAUGCAGGCGAUCGCCGACUACUACACGAGGGUGGACGGCCGUACUUUACUGUACAUUGGACGAGAGAGUGUUUUAUCAAGCAGGGGAGCGUGGCCCAUACCUCACGAUGCUCCUUACAAACCUCAACUGGAUAGAAUAAUGAUGUUUAUUAUCGAGGCUGGAUUAUACGAGAAGUGGGUUAAGGAUGUACUGGAGAAGGCGAAGCAGGAGAGUCGCGGGAGACUGAUGGAGUUGCAGGAGACAGCGUCCCUGAGCGCGAAGAACACUGACAGUAACCAGGCACUCACCCUCCGCCACAUGCAAGGACCCUUCCUGCUCCUCGUCCUGGGCCUCGCCACCUCCUUCAUCGUCCUGGUCUCCGAGCUCCUGUUUACAUUAUUCACCAACCUAUAAGGCAACUUUUCUUUCCUGGCGACCAUGAAUAUUCUUAACCAGUGGAAAAACAAUAAUUCAUAUUAACCUAUCCUCCUGUUUAGAUAGUACUUUUUGUAACUAUGUGUACCAUACUUCAAACAUUGACGUAUUAAGCAAUUAGAUAGUAGAAUUUUGUGCUAUU